CAUUGUACUUGUUGCAUGUGUGCUUGUUUUUUUCACAUAUAUAUUUGUGUAUUUGUGUGUACAAUAAUUACUUUAAUCAAAUUUUUUAUAUUAUCUCUAAUAUCCGUUUUAUCCUUGUUUAAUUUCCGUCCGUAUCAAUCAUUGACAAAAUAAAAUAGAUUUAUCUUAAAUAAUAUAUUAUUCACGUGUUUAAAAAAAAAGUAAAUAAAUCAAUUAAAACGGAGUCGACAAGCGUGUACAAUUACAGUCAGUGGUACAAGCCUCCGUGAUGAUUUGAUACAGUUGAUUGCAAAAAAUAAUAGAUAAAAAAGAAAAUAGUUAAUUAAAUAAAUAAACAAAUAGAUCACCUUGUACACACAAAUAUUGUACUUGAUAAAUACAACGUUAUUAUUAAUAAUUUUUAAUUUUUCUUAUUGCAAUUGUAUCAGGUAUAUAAGAAUUGAAUUAUCAGAAAUUUUCAAGCCGGCUGUUUGGCGUCAAACAGUAACAUCACACCGGAAUUAUUGAUAACAAUUAAAAUAUAUCAUGUCGCAGCAUUUUGUCACUGUCUGUGUGGUUUGCUGUGUACUGUGUAUUGCACAUAUACCAUGCUCAGUGCAUUCAUUAAAUGUGUCACCAUUGGAAAGCCAACAAAUUCAAGAAAAACUGGGACAAAUAACAUACAAUGAUAAUCUAUCAAAAUAUAAUAAUCACAAUAAAGCAAAAAGACAUGCUGAGCAUACACAUGAUGAACAUGCACAUGAUGAACAUACACAUCAUGAACAUAGUAAUGCUGAAAAAUUAUUUAAAACACAUGGAAAUGGAGAAAUAUUAACAAUGGAACAGUUUGAAUCGAUGCUUGAAAAGCUUGGCCUAAUUGAUUUAAUAAACAACAAAAGUUUUAAUGAUACACCAAGUGUCAAGCCAAUAGAUUCCCACAGUGUCACACAACAAAAAACAAAGUGUUUAAACAAAAAAGAAUUAUUGACAAAGGCCUCUGAGAAGAACUACGAUAGUUUGACAAAGAACGAUACAUUAUUGCCCCACUGGUUAUUUGAGAAGAUAUGCCCGGUAUUAUUGUAUCAUUUCACAAAUCUAUCAGGCACUGAAAAUAAAGGUUGUUUAAGUCUACCAGAAAGUCUUGAUAAUAUAACAAUGGAUAAUCUUCAUGAUGAUCAUAAUAUUGACAAUGAAACACGUGAUAUGUUUCAAACUUGGCUAUACUCAUCAAUAAGUAUAAUUAUAAUAAGUUUAUGUGGUUUAUUGGGUGUUGCUGUUAUUCCUGUUAUGGGAAAAAGCUAUUAUCAUCAUUUAAUACAAUUUUUAGUUGCACUUGCAAUUGGUACACUUUGUGGUGAUGCAUUUAUACACUUAUUACCACAUGCUAUGAUGCCAAAUCAUAGUCAUGAACAUGGUCAUGAACACAAACACGAACAUGGGCAUGAUGAUAAUUUACAUCAAGUAAAUACAUAUAAAGGUCUUGUUGCAAUGUUAGGAUUUUUAAUGUUUUUAUUAAUGGAAAAAGCACUUGGUACAAUUGCUGAAUGGCAUAAACAUCGUCAACGUAAAAAUAAAUUACCAUCAAAAGUACGUGUCAUGAGAGAAACAGAUAAUAAUGAAAUGAUAAAUAAUGUUGGUGAAAAAUUAUGUAAACAUAAAUAUUCAUCAUAUCCAUAUUGUUAUGGUGAAAUAACUGGUGAAACACAUGAUCAUCAACAUAAUGAUCAUGAAAAAUUACCAGUAACAAUAACAGAAGAAGAAAAACCUUUAAAUGAUAAUAAUUGUGAUUCAAUAUUAAAAACAGUAAAAGAUAAUCAUCAUCAUGAUGAUUUUAAUAAAAUAAGUGGUGAUAAUCAGCAUACUAAUGAAAUAAUAUUAAAAAAUGGUAUUGAUGGAAGUGAGAAUUCAAAUGAAACUGAAAGUUAUACUGUUAUAUUACGUGAACAUGAAAAUAAACAUCAUGGACAUACACAUUCACAUGGUCAUGUACAUGCUGCACCAGAAUCAAUGUCAAGUGUUGCAUGGAUGGUUAUUAUGGGUGAUGGUUUACAUAAUUUUACUGAUGGUAUGGCUAUUGGUGCUGCAUUUGCAGCAAGUAUUGCUGGUGGUUUUUCAACAGCAAUUGCUGUAUUGUGUCAUGAGUUGCCACAUGAACUUGGUGAUUUUGCUGUAUUAAUUAAAGCUGGAAUGAGUGUUAAACAGGCUGUAUUUUAUAAUCUUUUAUCAUCAAUAUUGUGUUUGUUUGGUAUGAUUUUUGGUAUAUUUUUGGGUGCAACACCAUCAGCAACAAGUUGGAUAUUUUCAGCAGCUGCUGGAAUGUUUAUUUAUAUUGCACUUGUUGAUAUGAUGCCUGAAUUAUCAUCUGGACAUUCAGAAGAAGGUGGCUCAAAAUGGCAAUCUGUUCUUCAAAUUAUGGGUUUAUUGUCUGGACUUGGAAUUAUGCUAAUCAUUGCUUUGUAUGAAGAUGAUUUAAUGCACUUGUUUAGAAGUUAAUUAUUUUAUUUUUUUAAACCAAGUUUAUUUUAUAUUUAAAAUUAAUAAUUCAUUCAUCAAUCAUUGUUAUUCAAAUAGUUUUCAUGUCACUAUAAAAACAUUUAAUUAAUUUAGUCAAUGCACAAUAUUAUUCAUCUUGACAAUAUUUUAUCGUUAUUAUUUUAUUCAGUUUAUUUUUCAAAUUAAAUAAUGAUAUUACAAUCUCAAUUUUAAAUUAAAAAAAUAAGUGCAUUCCAAACAAAAAAAAAAAAAGAGAUGAAAAGUUUUUUCUUUUUUUUUUUUUUAAUAAAUGUAACAGUAUGAUUUAUUUUAUUUAAUAACAGUAUGAUGAACAAUACAAGUUUUUUGUUGUAAAAAAUUGCAAGAAGAAAAAAAAAAAAAAAGUAUUUUUAGGAUGUAAAAAUCCGGUGCUUAUAGUUUUAAAAAUAAUAAUAUACUUAUAUACUUUUACAUUGUUUGUUUUAUAAUCUCAACUUAUUAUUAUUAUCAUUAAGGAAAAGUUCAGAUUAUCUGUUAAUUGCUACUUAAAUUUUUCAUGCUCAACAACACUUCCGUUAUGAAAAAAAAAAAAACUUAAACUUAUUGACUAAGUUCCAAGUAUAAAAUUUAAAUUAUAAGUACAUUAUAAUUGGUUGUAAUUUCAUUGAAUGAGUUACUUACUUUUACACUAUGCUAAUUGUAUGAGGUAGAGUCAAGUAUUUUAAAU